CGCCAACUAACCUGGCCAAGAUGUUCGCGAAGCAAGCCAAGAUCCUGGUCUUCUGCCUUUCCCUGGGCCUCUCGCUGGCGGUGAAGCUGCACAUUCCCUUUAGACCGGACGGCCACAUCCAGGAGCUGCAGCUGCAGAGCAGGGAUCUGGCCGCAGUCCAUGCGGAUCACUCCACGCAGUGCUUCUCGAUCUACAAGCCCAAAUUGGCCAAAAUUGCGGAUCAGUUCGAAACUAACUUUGCGGCUUGCAUAUCGGCCUAUGACAAUUCCACAGCUCUAAUCAGCGAGAGGUAUGCCGAGGAUCGCCAGAUCCUCCUCAGGUCCGCCAACAUCGGCUGCUCGUACCCCAACUCCAAUUGCCAGGUCUGGACACUUGAGCAGCAGUCGCUGGACACCGUGGUCUCCCGCCUCGAAUGCGCCUCCACCAACUCGGCCGAGAGCUCCAAGACUUUCUAUGCCAUUUCGGCCAAUGCCACCCAGAUUGCAGUUCAGAUCCAGGAGGAAUAUACGAUCCUAGAGAGCCGGAAGAGUGUUUGCCUCAACGACGCAAAUCGCUCCUACGUGGAAGACACCUCCGAUACCUACGAGCUUUUGAACAACUGCCUCAAGAACGGACCAACCACCACAACCUGUAAUCCAGUGACUUACCCUACAACAACCACAGCUGGCUAUGGGGAGACAACUUCAACAACUCCAACCACUCCAACAACUGCAGCACCUUUGCUACGUUAAAAUAAAGUCAAUCAAUAAAUAUAUCAGGCAAUCGAA